CACUUUUUCUGAUUGGCGCGAGGCUGAGAAUCUGGAAUGGUUGGGAGUCUGAGGUCAAAACGGCUGCCUGGCUCUUCACUCUCUCUCUCUCUCUCUCUCUCUCUCUCUCUCUCGCCUCCCUCUGGUGCAACAUUGCACAGGGCUGUGUUUUCCGAGGCCCGUCCAGCAGUGAACCUUAUUCCAGGUGAAAGCACCCCCCGACCACCUCCCCCCGGGAUCAUUAUCAGAUACCUGCGGCAUGCGUGCCCACUGAGGCGAGGUUUCAGCCCUCAUGUGACUCGGUCUCGCACAAUAUGAAUGGCCGCCAGGAGCUGACCGACAGCAACGUCAUCUUAUAAUGUGUGUGAUAUCACACGUUGUCGAUGCUCAUUG